GAGGAGACGGAGGCGGAGCCCCGGGGCGGGGCCCGGGCGGACCGGGGGGCGGUGCUAGGGCCCGGACGCGCGGGCCCGGCAUGGCGUCGAUGGCGGCGGCGAUCGCGGCCUCGCGCUCGGCCGUCAUGAGCGGGAACCGGCCGCUGGACGACCGGGAGCGGAAGCGCUUCACCUACUUCUCAUCGCUGAGCCCCAUGGCCAGGAAGAUCAUGCAGGACAAGGAAAAGAUCCGGGAGAAGUACGGGCCCGAGUGGGCGCGGCUGCCGCCCGCGCAGCAGGACGAAAUCAUCGACCGCUGCCUGGUGGGGCCUCGCGCCCCGGCCGCCGCCGACGCGGGGGACCUGCGGGACCCGGAGCGCUUCCCCGGUCUGCGCGGGCCCACGGGCCAGAAGCUAGUACGCUUCGGCGACGAGGACAUAACUUGGCAAGAUGAACACUCGGCACCAUUCUCCUGGGAGACAAGAAGUCAGAUGGAGUUCAGCAUCUCCUCCUUAGCCAUCCAGGAGCCCAACAUGGCCACUCUGACCAGCGAUACCAGGCCUCUGGCCAAGGCUCCUCAGGGCACACAGGGUUCCAAACCUGCCCAGAGCAGCAGAUCCUCCAGCCUGGAUGCCCUGGGACCGGCUCGAAAAGAGGAGGAAGCCUCCUUCUGGAAGAUCAAUGCUGAGCGCUCGCGGGAGGGGCCUGAGGCUGAGUUCCAGUCCCUGACACCCAGCCAGAUCAAGUCCAUGGAGAAGGGGGAGAAGGUUCUGCCAGCUUGCUAUCGCCAGGAGCCCACCACAAAAGACAGGGAGGCCAAGCCUGUGCCACAGGAACAGCAAACCCUCCCCAGUGUGAGCGCAGAGCAAGAGGCGCCCCAGUUGGUGCAAGCCCCUGCCAGCUUGCUGCCCAAGGCUGCCCCCACUGAGUCCCCAGAGAAGCCACUGCCUCCUGCCGCCCAGCAGGAGGAAGAUGAUGAUGCUCUGUUCUCAGAGCCUGCACUUUCGCAGAUCAGCUCCAGUAGUGUCCUCUUGAAGACAGGCUUUGAUUUUCUGGACAACUGGUAAAUGGUGCUACCCGAAACACAACCAGGAGCCCCCAGCGUGGCCCGCCGUGGUGUCCAGAGGAGAAGGCAGCACUGCCUGCGUAGCUUCCUGUUUUCUCUACUCUUUUCUUAGUCUUUUGGAAACUAGGAAAUGUUGCCAGGUUUUCCCUGUUUUUGGUAAAACCGAAUAGAUAAAUAUGCUAUUUUCAAUGAUUUGAUAACAAGUUUUACACGUGGAAUUUUUAAACACUAGGAAUCCAGUGAGCUUUGUAAAUACAACUUCUCUUCUCAACUCCAUCCCGCCUUCCCUCCAACAAGGCUCCCUGACCAAGUCGCAAAAAGUCGCAAAAGCGCCUCUUUCUCUUCUCUUCCUGCUGAGGGCUCCUGGAUAGAUGUGGGCUGUUGGCUGUCACUGUGGAAGACACAUCCACUCCGCUCACCUGGUGGCACUCUCCUUUCCCGGAAGCGUCCUUCCCCUCCCAAACUCAUAGGAAACAGACUGCAGGCGGGUAGCAGGUGCCCUCUGAGCUGCCCUGGUGACUUACUCAGAGCCCUGAUCCUAUUUAAAAGCAGCUGCCCGUUAAAUCAGAUUCCCGUAGUUGUGUAUAGAGCUGCAGUAGGUUCCUUGGCUCUGCAGGAGUUCCCUUCGGGAAGUUAUUAAAGCCGUCCCACUAUUGUCCCAGUCCUGACCACUGUAGGAGUCAGGGUGGUGACAGCUGUGCUAGGCACCCGGGCUCUUCGGGUUCACUGAGGUAGAACCUUCUAGCACGAGGCUCCCAGGAUUGAGCAUCCUUCACCCCAUCUGGUAGAGCUGUACCGUGCAGGACACUCCCCCAGAGCAGACCACAUUUCAGGUGCAAGAGGCUUUCCCCGUGGUUCCGGAAGCUUCCCCUUGCAGCCCCAAGAGCUCACAGCAGCAAGGCUGGGUGAGGAGCGUGUGUGCCUCACCCAGAAUUUGAUGCCCUCUGCCCUCACCGCCCUGCCAUGGCCCCUGGACCCUGUGCACCUGCAGGGUGCCAAGCAGACCUGUGAGCUCAAGGUGGCAUGGUUUACCUUGCUAGCACUGCAUUCUCCUCACCUGAAGCCUUAAUCUCCACGAGCCCUCCUCUGAGCGCCUGGUCUCAGUACUAAAAGGUGUGGCUUCCUUAAUGUCUGAAGUAGCUUCUGGAAUAGUCUGUGUAGCUCCAAGGUAAAGCAAGAGACGACUAACUCCCUGGCCAUUCCCCCUCCCCCAGGAAGACAUGCCAAAGCUGGACUUAGCCAAUACUGGUGCGAUACCUGCCAAUUAGCUUGUGUCUCGAACCUCCCUCUGUCUCUGGUGGUGCUGGGCUUGCCUUCCUCUAGCAACUUUUGGCAAGUCAUCUUUCCACACUCUUUGUAGGGGAGUUGACAUAGAGGAAGAACAGAGGCCUGUGCAACAAUGUUUUCCUUCCCCACAGGUCUGUGCUCUGUAGCACUGGUGUAGCAGGAGGAGACUCUGGGCUAUGUGUAGGCAGCCCCUGUGGCUGACCCUGAGUGACUCUCACAGUGGUGCUUCUCAAGGAGUCCUCUGAAGAGCAGGUGGGAAGUCACAGAUGGGAGUCCAGAAGGGUGGAUCCUAAAGGACCCAGCUGACCCGGGGAUUGUCUCUAUCACACUGGCUUCUUGGUCUCCCCCAGGGAAUAUGUGGCAGUCACCAGGAAAUCAAAACUCCAUUUACCAUUUUCCCUUUCUCCAUAAUCAUGAGGAAGUACAUUCAUUAUUCCUCUCUGAAGCACAUUCUUUGGCGUCGCAAGGCUAGUGUGCGAUGCUGGACUCUACCACACACCCGGGCUCAGCGCCUGGGAGGCAGCUCCAGGGCUCCGUGUCUUGCUCUCAGUGGCUGUGUCCAACAGAAGCUCUCAGGAACCCAGAUUCUACGAGUCUGGUUUGUCCCUGAAUCCCAGCCCUCUGGGCUGGACCCAAUCCUGUCGGGAGCAGCAGAGUCUGCCUCCUGGCCAGGUGCACUCCCGAGCCUGUAUGGGAGUGACCUUCCAUUCUUCCCUGUGCCCUCACCUUUGAUACAUACUUUCAAAAACGUAAACUCUUACUGACAGCUUGUAAUUUGGUCCUAUUUUAUACUCUAGCCUUUAAUAAAGCCAUUUUAAAAAUGAGA